AUAUGGCAUUGGGGGGCAGAUGGGUGUCAGCUAUGGGGCGGGGGAAACGGCCGCCGGGUGCUAUAAACCCGCAGCAAAGCGCCUCUGUUUCAAUGGAACAGCGGAGCGGGGCUGAGCCCAGCGGGGACGCAGCGCAGCCGAGGGGGAAAAGGGCCCCUCUGUGCAAAACCCCACAAACUGUGGGGUUCUCCUCCUCCUCCUCCUCCCCACACUGCACAGCUCGGCUAUGGAGUACAUCAUAGGGAUCGGAGGCGUCACCAACGGGGGCAAAACCACGCUGACCAACAGGAUCGUCAAGGCGCUGCCCAACUGCUGCGUCGUGCACCAGGAUGACUUCUUCAAGCCCCAAGACCAAAUAGAAGUCGGGGAGGACGGCUUCAAGCAGUGGGACGUGCUGGACUCCCUGGAUAUGGAGGCCAUGGUGAGCACGGUGCGUGCCUGGAUGGAGAACCCGGUCAAGUUUGCCCGUUCCCAUGGGGUGAACGUCACACCUGACCCUACAGAGCCUCCCUCCAAAGAGCCCCACAUUCUGCUCAUCGAAGGCUUCCUGCUUUACAACUACAGACCCCUGAUGGAGCUCUUCGACCUCCGCUACUUCCUGGCAGUGCCGUACGAUGAGUGCAAACGGAGGAGGAGUACGCGCAGCUACACCGUCCCUGAUCCCCCCGGCCUCUUCGAUGGCCACGUGUGGCCCAUGUACCUGAAACACCGCAAGGAGAUGGAGGACAACGGGGUCGAUGUCGUCUAUUUAGAUGGGCUGAAGAGCAGAGAGGAGCUCUACGACGAAGUCCUGGAGGACAUCAGGAACAGAUUGCUGAACCGCCCCCCAGGGCCCCCCAAGAGCUGAGGGACCCCACGCUCAGAUGUAAAUACUACUUAACGCCGCCGUCGGAACGAGGGUUGAUUUGGGAAACGUCUUUUGUAUAUAAUUGAGAACUGAAGAUAAUUUAUUUGCAACCGUG